UUUUGUUAUAUAUGGAGAACCUCCCUGUGGAAGUCAUUGGUAAUAUUCUUUCCCAUCUUGGAACUGCACGGCAUGUUGUUAUUGCCUCUGCAACAUGCCGGAAAUGGAGAGAAGCCUGCAGGAAACACCUCCAUACCCUGUGUUUCAACUCUGAUGCUUGGCCUCGUGAUCUCACCACUCGGCAGUUGGAGAUUCUCAUAACACAGACUAUAUUCCAAACUAUGGGUUUGCAGUGCCUUUCAGUCCAUAUGGACAGUGUCCAUGAAUUCUCGGCUGCUCCUGUGAUUGCUUGGCUUAUGUAUACUAGAGAAACCUUGCGGAGUCUAUCAUAUAAUGUCCGUACAACUCCAAAUGUAAACAUUCUGGACAUUUGUGGUCGGCAGAAGCUGGAGAUAUUGGAUCUGGACCACAAUGCUAUUACCGGGGUUGAACCAAGUUACCAGAGAUUUACUUGUCUCAAAUCCCUUUCCUUGAGACAUGUUAGUAUCUCAGCCUUGGAUCUGGGCCUACUGCUUGCUGCCUGCCCGAAAAUAGAAUCUUUGACACUUGACACAGUAGAGAUUGUAGUGUCAGAUUCACAAUCUACAAUGGAACUGAGCAGUCAAACACUUAAGUGGAUUUAUGCAAAAUCCGUAGGAGUGGAUAAGAUAGUACUGGAAGCAGAUAAUCUUGAAAGUUUGCACUUAAGUGCAUUAAACCUCGAUCUUUUUGAGCUGAUUGGAAAGGGUACCCUAAAACAUCUAAAGAUUGAUGAUGUCAGUGUCACUCAAUUGGACAUUGGCGAGAACACAGAUCAUCUGGAGGUUGUAGAUGUCAGCAAUUUUACAAUUGUGUGGCCUAAAUUCUACCUUAUGAUAUCGAGAUCAUCUAAACUGACAAGACUCCGGCUUUGGGGUGUGGUGUUUGAUGAUGAGGAUGAGAUUGUCGAUUCAGAAACUAUUGCUGUCUCCUUUCCACAGCUCAGACAUCUUUCAUUAAGUUAUGAAUUAAGGGAUGGAUUGCUCAAUCAUGGUCUGCAAGGCUCAUCACCAUUAGAGAAUGUGUUGAUAUUGGAACUGGGAUGGACAGUAAUAAGCGAGCACUUCGGACAAUGGGUUUUUGGGAUGAUUGAAAGAUGCCCAAACCUUAAGAAGUUAGUCAUCCAUGGUAUUCUUUCUGAGGCCAAAACUCGUGAAGAAUGCCAAACAUUGGCCACUUUUACCUCAUUCAUUGUUCAUCUCAUGAGGAAAUAUGUACAUGUUGAGGUGCAGUUUGAAUAUGAGUAAUCCAUAAGUGAUUUGAUCAGAGUUUGCAUCAUAAUUUCCCUCUGCCUGCAUAAGCACUAUGUGAACUGCAGAUGUGCUAUAUCAUUUGGUGACGGGCAUAUUUGACCAUGCUGUCAGCGCUGAUAUUGUUUUCUCCAAUGUGCGUCAAUGGUGAAGAAAAAAAAUAGCUGCCAUAAAAGUGGCUGAAGAAUUGUAUAUUAUUUGAAUAAGCUUGAGCAUGAGGAAAGAGUUAACCAGAUCAUUUUCUUACGUUGGAUGCUUGGAUUGCAUGCUUACUACUAGAGUGUCCAGAAUUGUUACAUUUAUCGUUAAUCCUCUUGGAGGCAUCAGAAGAUAUGAUCCAGAAAAUGCCCCUAAUUUGAAAUGUCAUAUUUCGCAAGAAUUUUCUUUAUCUAUUGCCACAUCAA